AUGCUGUCCCGAGCUGCCAGGCCAGCUCUGAGAGCUGGGGCUUCGGUUCCUUCUCGUGUCGCGGCUGCCCCGAGCACCGCCGCCGGCUACGCCACGCUCCGUGAGAUCGAGGGCCGCCUCAAGUCCAUCAAGAACAUCGAGAAGAUCACCAACACCAUGAAGAUCGUCGCCUCGACCAAGCUCACCCGCGCCCAGCGCGCCAUGACCGACUCCCGCAAGUACGGCCAGACCUCCAACGAGGUCUUCGAGUCCGCCGAGACCAAGCCCCUCGAGUCCGCCGAGGAGAAGAAGACCCUCUACAUCGUCUGCUCCUCCGACAAGGGCCUCUGCGGCGGUAUUCACUCCGGUCUGUCCCGCUACAUCCGCCGCCACUUUGCCGACGGCGCCAACGCCGACCUCGUCAUCCUCGGCGAGAAGUGCCGAUCCCAGCUCCAGCGCACCAACGCCCGCGACAUCGUCCUCAACUUCGCCGGUGUUGGCAAGGACGUCCCCACCUUCGCCGACGCCCAGGCCGUCGCCGACCAGGUCGUCCAGCUGCCCACCGAGUACGCCUCCAUCAAGAUCCUCUACAACAAGUUCAUUAACGCCCAGACCUACGAGGCUGCCACCAUUGAGGCAUUUUCCGAGGAGGCCAUCGCUGCUUCUCCCAACUUCUCUGCCUUCGAGGUCGACGAGGAGCUCCUCUCCAACCUGCGCGAGUACGCCCUUGCCAACUCCCUCUACUGGGCUCUGGCCGAGGGCCACGCCUGCGAGCAGUCUGCCCGCCGCAACGCUAUGGAUAACGCCUCCAAGAACGCUGGUGACAUGAUCCAGAAGUACCAGAUUCUCUUCAACCGUACUCGCCAGGCCGUCAUUACUGGCGAGCUGGUGGAGAUUAUCACUGGUGCCACCGCCUCGGCCGACAUGUAA